UUUACAUGCACAAGAUAUAAACUGGUUUUUGAAGUUUUUUCUUUUUCUUCUAAUAUGCGGUUGUAUUAGACGAGACGGUGUGGCAAGAUAAAAGAUAAGCGUUCUGUUUAAACUUUAAACUCUGUCUGGUUGGUGGGGAUUCGAGUGGGGAGGCGAUUACAUUUAGUUUUAGUACUGGCAGAUCGUGCCCAGGCCACUGCUUCGUUUUGUCUGAGACGGUGUCGAAAAUGGAUCUCUAUUCUUCGGACAGCACAGAUUCUUCCGGGCCUGAGGUAGCCUUCAACACGAUCGACUUGUCCUACCACAGGCUUAGCCAGGAAGCUUUCGAAGACAAGAUGCUCGCUUUCGAAGAGGAACGCAGAAACAUGCACAGGGUCCACAAGCUGCUCAUAAAGUGCAACCAGCUCUCUUUCUUGCCGAGUUGCAUUUCCUCCCUUCACAACCUCCGACACGUCGACGUGAGCAACAACAGGCUGACCUCCUUGCCGGAAUUUUUCACCAGGUUUCCACUCGUCACCCUCAACCUCAGGAACAAUUCCAUCAGCAACGAAAACCUGCCGAAGACGUUCGCCAGCUGGUCUCGCAGCCUCAGGAAGCUCAAUCUCGGUGGCAACGCCCUCAACGUCUUUCCGGAACAGUGCCUGGAGCUGGAAGCGCUGCAGCAGCUGUACAUGGGAAGCAACGCCAUUGAACACAUUCCCAAGAGUAUCGAAAGAAUCUCUGGAUUGAUGGUUCUUUGCCUUGGAGGGAAUAGAUUAUCCGAAGUACCUGAGACCGUAGGUAACCUCAACAACCUCGAAGUUCUAAUACUUAAUGACAACAUGCUCGAAAGCCUGCCACGAACCAUAGCGAGCCUGAAAAAGCUCAAAUCCCUUCAGUUGCACAACAACCUUCUCCGCACAUUGCCUACGGAAAUAAUCACAUUGAAACAUCUGAGUGAGCUGAGUCUUCGCGACAACCCACUCGUUAUCAGAUUUGUCAACGACAUGACGCUCAACCCUGGUACGCUGCUUGAAAUCGCAGCGAGAGCUGUUAAAGUUCAGAACAUCCCGUAUGUAGCCGACGAUCUGCCCAAGACUCUCAGGGACUACUUGAACACAGCACAUCACUGUUUGAACCCUAAGUGCAACGGCGUUUUCUUUGAUAACAGAGUGGAACAUAUCAAGUUUGUUGACUUCUGUGGCAAAUACAGAGUGCCGCUAUUACAGUACCUUUGCUCUGCCAAGUGUGUAAACGAUGACUCAGCUCUCUUCAGCUCUCCCGACCAUGGUAUGAUGCGUAAGGUUCUUCUUGGAUAACACUUUCUCUCAUGGUAUUUACUAACUUUAUCUAAGGAUGACUAUCGAAAAUCUGUUUAAGGACUUUAACACGAGAACGAUUAUAUUAUCAUUAGUCACAUUUUUAGGCUACGUCAUUGGUCAUUUCUAUUUUUUUUAUAAAUAAAUAUGCCCAAUGUAUAGCCUAGGUAGGCUUACUGUUUUAAAUUGUGUUCUGUGAAACAAUCACAAAAUAUUAUAUAGAUACAGUUUUAUAAGUAUGUAUAAUUAAAUUAUAUGAAAAUUUAUAUCAAUAUAUUUAUAUCAAAAGUUAUAAUCAAAAAAGAGUUAUAUCAAUUUUUUAUUGCCGAAUUCUAUGCAAUCUGUGCCAAUUGUUCUAGGUGGUGAGUAUCUGUCUUUUCAAAAGAGGGGAUUAUUGUGAUAUAAAUUAAUGCUUGAUGUACUAAGCAGGUUUUUAAAUACAAGUUAAAAUAUAAUUGUAAAUAAUUUAUCAAUUCUGUGAUAGUUGAACUGUGGAAAAAUGAAUUUUCAAAUCUUAAAAGAAUAAUUUAUUGACUGGACAUUAUUAAUACUUUACUCUUUUUGUUUUUUUAACUUUUAAUUUAUUGUUUUGCCAUUUAGUUAUUUUACCAUCGAUUAAUUAAAAUAUUCCUUAGUUUUGCUUAGUUACCUUCACACUAUUUUUUUUAAGAUAAAAAACCAUGUAACAACUGAAUAAAUGUAAUUGAAAUUA